CACACACUGGACUCAGUCCACACACAUUGUUCAGCACUGGGCUGGCUGGCCACUGGUAUGCCGCCAACACUCACUGCCCUAUUCUGCUUCGGGCUAUGUCUGAGCCAGAGGAUCAACACUGAAAAGCAGACUCUCCCGAAACCCAUCAUCUGGGCCAAACCCAGUAUCAUGGUCACAAGAGGAAACUCGGUGAACAUCUGGUGUCAGGGGGCUCAGAGUGCUUCAGAGUAUCAACUGUACUUUGAAGGAAGCCUUUUUGCCUUGGAGAAACCAAAGCCAUCUAGAUCGAUGAAUAAAGUUAGGUUCUUCAUUUCACAAAUGACCUCACAUACUGCAGGGAUCUACACCUGCUUCUAUCAGAGUGGAGAGCUCUGGUCAGAGUCGAGCAACCCCUUGAAACUGGUAGUAACUGGUCUGUAUGACACGCCCAAACUCUGGGUUCAUCCAGGGCCUAAGGUAAUCUUGGGGGAGAAUGUUACCUUCUCUUGCCAGCUGAAGUCUGCGACAAGCAAAUUCUUUCUGCUCAAGGAGAGAGGAUCCAACCACAUCCAGCAUAAACACGGGAAUAUCCAAGCAGAAUUCCCCAUGGGCCCUGUGACUAGGGCUCACAGAGGGACAUACAGAUGUUUUGGCUCUUACAAUGACUAUGUAUGGUCUUUUCCCAGUAAUUCUGUGACACUACUCAUCACAGGAGGUGUUGAGAACACCAGCCUUGUACCUACAGACCCUACUUCUUCACUUGAUUAUUGGAAGUUCGACCUUUCAACCAAAGAAUCAGGAUUACAGAAGGACUCUAGAACUCCAGAUGAGGAAGAAGGGCUGUCACUCAAGUGGAUCACUGGUGCCCAGUGUGAUACUCACCCAUGCCCACCUAAAGAAGCCUUCAUAAGACCUCCACCCCCAAAGCAUGGGGCUGGAGGGAUUUUCCUGUUUGUAAACAUGCCAAGAAAAUAA